AUGCGGCCGCCGCCGCCAGCGCUGAGGCUGAGCGCGCUGCUGCUGUUCUUCCUCUGCCUGUGCGCGUUCCCCGCCCCGGCGCGGUCGCAGAACACGACCACGGCCACGCCCGCGCCGGCGUCCGUCGAGGGGUUCAACUGCUCCGCCAACCGCACGUACCCGUGCCAGGCGUACGCGCUCUACCGCGCCGGCUUCGGGGGCGUGCCGCUCGACCUCGCGGCCAUCGGCGACCUCUUCGCCGUCAGCCGCUUCAUGGUCGCGCACGCCAACAACCUCUCCACCGCCGCCGCGCCGGCCAACGGGCAGCCGCUGCUCGUGCCGCUCCAGUGCGGCUGCCCCUCGGGGUCCCCCAACUCCUACGCGCCGAUGCAGUACCAGAUCGCCUCGGGGGACACCUACUGGAUCAUCUCCACCACCAAGCUGCAGAACCUCACGCAGUACCAGGCCGUGGAGCGCGUGAACCCCACGCUGGUGCCCACCAACCUCGACGUCGGCACCAUGGUCACGUUCCCCAUCUUCUGCCAGUGCCCGGCCAAAGCCGACAACAACGCCACCGCGCUUGUCACCUACGUCAUGCAGCCCGGGGACACCUACGCGUCCAUUGCCGCCGCCUUCUCCGUCGACGCCCAGUCGCUCGUCUCCCUCAACGGGCCCGAGCCGAGGACGCAGCAGUUCGCCGAGAUACUGGUGCCGCUCCGCCGACAGGUGCCGAAUUGGCUGCCCCCAAUCGUGCUCCGGAACAACGCCUCCGCGACGCCAGCGUCCCCGCCGCCCUCGGCUUCUCCCAACUCCAACGCGACCGUGGUGAGCAACGACCGGAACGGGGUGAUCACCGGCCUUGCCGUCGGGCUGGGCGUCGUCGGCGCGCUCUGGCUGCUGCAGAUGCUGCUGCUGGUCUGCUUGUGCAGACGGCUCAAGGCGAAGGGACGACGAGGUGACGCGGUGGCGAGCGGCGACCGCGUCGAGGGCGGCAGGUUCGCUAAGACCUCGUCCGCCUCCGGCGGCGGCGGCGGCGGGGAGAGGUUCCUGGUCAGCGACAUAUCUGAGUGGCUGGACAAGUACAGGGUGUUCAAGGUGGAGGAGCUGGAGCGCGGCACCGGGGGAUUCGACGACGCGCACCUCGUCAACGGCAGCGUGUACAAGGCCAACAUCGACGGCGUGGUGUUCGCCGUGAAGAAGAUGAAGUGGGACGCCUGCGAGGAGCUCAAGAUCCUGCAAAAGGUGAACCACAACAACCUGGUGAAGCUGGAGGGGUUCUGCAUCAACUCGGCGACGGGCGACUGCUACCUGAGGCUGGAGGCCCGCGUCGCGGCGUGGAUGGACCCGGCGCUCGCGGAGCAGACGUGCCCGCCGGGGAGCGUGGCGAGCGUGGUGAGCGUGGCGAGGGCGUGCCUGCACAAGGACCCGUCCAAGCGCCCCAGCAUGGUGGACGUAGCCUACACGCUGUCCAAGGCGGACGAGCACUUCGCCGACUACUCCGGUGAGAGCGUGUCGGUUGACGGCAGCGGCGAAAUCGCUGCUCGGUGA